UUCAAGGACGUCGACGACAGACCACCGCGGCUUCAGCUUCGCCGACGCCCUCCGUUCCGAAACUCGCUGCCGAACUCCACGAACGUCGACGAUACCCAAAAAUCGGCCAAACGAUUCGAACGAGGCCCGAAUUGACCCCUAGUUGGCGGCGAAGCCAGUCCGCUCCCCUCCGACGAUGCAGAAACUCAUCAAGCGCACGGCCCAGGCCGAGAAGCAGGUCGCCCGCCGUAUGAAGAAGCGCUCCCGCAGCGAGAUCGGCUCUGAGAAGGCACAGCGCUUCAGGGACCAGCGGAACCAGCUCACGGAGCUCAACCAGGACGUCAAGAACGCCCGUCUCGCCCGCAACGAGAAAUGGGCCCUCGGUCCCCUGGCCCCGCGCCGCGACUUCUUCGACAGCUACGGGGCCUUCGAAACGAACAGACAGGGACGCUCGACGGCUCUCAAGCCCGAGGAGGUUGAGGCGCGCUGCGCCUGGGCCGGUGGUUGCCAGUACCUGAACAUUGCCGUCAAUGACCGCGUGGUGCUUCUCGAAGGCCCUGACAAGGGCAAGAUCGACCGCAUUGCCAGCAUCAACCUCGAGUACGGCACCGUGGUGCUGAAGGAGAUCGCAAAGGCCACCGUCGCUGUCCCGGAAACCUUUCAAAGUAUCCUCGACGCCCCUACAACGCAAAACACAUCCGUGAACAUCCCCAUCUCGGCGAUCCGUCUCGUCCACCCCAUCGUCGACCCCGAGACCGGCGUCGCCCGCGACGUCGUAGUCCGUCAGCUCGCCCGCGGUCCUGUCAAGUGGUCCCGCAGCACCGGCUGGCGCGCUUGGACGCGUUACAUCCCCGGCGCCAACAUCGCCAUCCCCUGGCCAGAGCGCGACAUCCCCGUCCGCGAGGACCAACCCGGCGAUACGACGCGGGUCGAUGUCGAGCAGGUCACGUUCGUGCCGACGCUCCUAUACCCACCCAUGCCCGCGUCCGUCAUUGACGAGCUGCGCAACAAGUACUCGCGCUUCCGUACCCGCCACGAGGACGACUACAUCCUCCGCAAGGAGGCCGAGGAGGCCGAGAAGAAGGCCCUCAAGAAGGCGUCAGCCGACGCCCUCGCCUCCAUGCGUACUCCAAUCCAGGAGUUCAACCGCCAGCAGCGCGAGGCCCGUCGCGCCCGCGGCGAGCCCGAGCUGACGACGGACAUGCUCCAGCGCAUCGGCGAGAUCAUUGCAAGGAACAAGGCCGCCGUCACGGGUGCUUCCGCGCCGAUACCCAAUAUUUCCGACGUCUCCGCCGCGGCGGCGGAAGCGAGCACGGAGAGCCACCCCCCGCCUCAAUAAGGGGGGCGUUUGUCGCGGGCGCGGGUGUCGGUUGAAAGUUGUAAAAGAUUACAAAACAUACCUACCUUAGAAAAAAGGAAGGGCGAGGCCGAGUUGUAGCAUGUAUGAACAGCCGUAGUAGAAUCUCAAAUGUGCAAUAUUGUACUUUUAGUAGACACCCACAAAGACUGGUCGAAAAGGCUGGUCUAUGUUUUAUUUUUAUUUUAUU